ACAGCCAUCUUAGAUUGAGUCGUGUGUGUAAUGAAGCAGAUGUAACUUCAUCUCUCUCCAUCCCCACGUUUUGUGCCUUAGACAUCACUGUUUGUUUUGCUAAAUAAAGCUGAUGUUUUUGAGGCCAUCCAAGAAACCAACACACAGCAGCCUGGAUUUCCACCCGACAUCCUACAUGAUCUGUUAGAAGGUGUUAUUCCAGUGGAGCUUGCUCUCUGUUUAAAAGGCUUGCUGAAUGCAAUUGAAAUGGCAACGCAGCUAAAACUAAGGGUCAUCCUUGAUGAUGAAAAUGCUGAAAAGCUUAUUUUGCCUUCUCGUCCUGAAACUGUUAAUGACCUUAUAUUUGAGGUGAAAAACAAGCUGGAAUUGACCUAUGACAUUCGGCUGCAGUUUCAAGACCCUGAUUUUGAUAAUGCCCUCUGCAAUCUAGUGAAUAUGGAGGACCUGCCAUCUAAGGCAACCAUAAAGAUAGUCAGACUAGUAGAGUAUGAUCUCAGUUCAACCAGUACCGAUGAACACAGUGAUGCUCUCAGAUAAUACAGAUUCACCAGACCGUCUCAGUAGAUGGCCAGAGGUCUUCGUUGUUCCGACGUUCUCAUACGAGGUGGAGUAUACUUUAAAAGAGGGCAACUGUACAUUUGAGAAGGAAGGGAAAUCUCUGAUAUUGACCAGGGACCAAAAACAUAAUAUUCUAGAGGGGAUGGCUGCUGAAAUAUAUAAACUCAAAGCAUAUCCAAGUGGUGAACAGAUACGCAAAGCGUCAGAGGCGCUUGUGACUAAACACCUUUGCCUGAGAGAGAGAGGUUCCAAAACAGGAUAUGAUGGCUGGAAGAACAGCCUUUGCUUCAAGAUGGGCAACUACCGAACGAAACUAAGCAGAGCUGGUGUAAAAGAUGUGGCGGUCAAUGCAGGAAAGCGCAGCAAGAGCAAUCCAGAAGCAUCAGCAUCCCGGUCAAGUAUAAAAAGACCCAGAAGAGGUGAAGUCAAUUUCCUCCCUAAUUACCCUUCUGGUGAGAAUAAGGACAUAUUAGAGACACUGAGGCUAGCAAUGGUGGAAGAGUUCAAGAAAACGACAGCAGAAAGAAACAUGAUUCUCAUCCAUCAACACAUGCAACGCACCUUUGCGCUUCGGCGUGAAGAGAUUGUGAAUUCUACUAGUCCCAUUGCGGAUUUGAAAGAAAGAUGGCCUGCCCUCUUUGGUGAAGCCCAACUUUAUAGUGAAUUCCACAGGAUCACCAAUCAGAACCUGCCAUUUUCCUUCUUCGCUGGACUCGAUAAAUAUACACAACAGCUUCUUCAACUCUACAAAAAAAAGAGAACAGGAAUAUUCGGAGAGAAGAUGGCAAAUCUUCUGAGGGCAUAUGCUGAGCAGGAUAAGAAUGACAAGCGCAGCAAGAGUAGCAGCUUUGGCUGGCCUACCACUCUACUUGAAAGAAGACUCAUCAGCAGUCUUCAAGAACUGCAAGGAGGAGGAGUUUGA